AUGACCAGAUUAAAGACUCUUUACCUAUGGGGUAAUCAAUUGUUUGGUUUUAUUCCUCUUGAGAUUGGGAAUCUAAUUGAAGUUACUGAUCUUCAACUCUCAACAAACCUUUUAACAGGUCUCAUUCCUUCUUCUAUAGGAAAUAUGACCAAAUUAGAGAUUCUUUACCUUUGGGGUAAUCAAUUGUCUGGUUUUAUUCCUCUUGAGAUUGAGAAUCUAAAUGAAAUUAGUUAUCUCCAACUCUCGACAAACCUUUUAACCGGUCACAUCCCUUCCUCUAUAGGAAACAUGACCAGAUUAAAGACCCUUUCUCUUGAGGGUAAUCAAUUGUCUGAUUUAAUUCCUCUUGAGAUUGGGAAUCUAAAUGAAAUUACUAAUCUCCAACUCUCAACAAACCUUUUGACCGGUCCCAUCCCUCCAUCUAUAGGAAAUCUAACCAAACUCAGAUAUCUAUGUGUCUUCGAUAAUCAGUUGUCCGGACCUUUGCCUAUGGAGAUCAACAACAUUAUUGGACUAACAUACCUAGAGCUGUCAAAUAAUAGCUUCGUCGGUUAUGUACCCCCAAACAUAUGCAAAGGUGGAGCCCUAAAGUACCUCACUCUUUACAUGAGCAACUUCCAAGGUCCCAUUCUCAUGACCUUGAAAAACUGUACGACACUAGAAAGGGUUCGUCUUGAACACAACCAUCUCACCGGAGAUGUAUCUCAAUAUCUUGGAGUGUAUCCCCAUCUUUCUUAUAUGGAUUUGAGCUUCAAUCUACUCUCCGGUGCACUCUCACCAGACUGGGCAAAAUGGCACAAUCUGACGCUCUUCAGAAUCUCAAAUAACAACAUCACCGGAGUCAUACCCACCGAGUUUGGGCAGUUGACGAAACUGGGAGAGCUGGACCUCUCUUCCAAUUACCUACAAGGAGAGAUCCCAAAGAGCUUCGGCAGCUUAACCCUUCUCUACAAUCUGAGCUUGGGCAACAACCAACUCGUCGGCCAUGUGCCUCUGGAGAUUGGAAUGCUGUCCAAUCUUGAACUGCUUGAUCUCUCAUCCAACAACUUGGCAGGAAGAAUCCCAGAUCAAUUAGGCAACUGCAUGAAACUCCGAUCGUUGAAGCUUAACAACAACAACUUCAGUGGAACCAUUCCUUUGGCCAUUGGUAAUCUGGUGUACCUUCAAGACACCUUUGACAUCAGCCAGAACUCACUAACAGGGGAGAUUCCAUCCCAACUCGGCAAGUUGGUGAUGCUGCAAAGCCUGAAUCUAUCGCAUAAUUCCUUGUCGGGUCAUCUUCCAUCUUCGCUAACGUACAUGACGAGCUUGUCUACCGUAGAUGUAUCCUACAAUGAACUGGACGGCCCUGUUCCCGAUAGCCCAGCUUUCCGAAGAGCCCCAGCGGAGUGCUUUGCCCAUAACAAUGAUCUGUGUGGAGUUGUUCAAGGAUUGCCUCCAUGUGUUUCACUCGGUACUCCAACAACAGACGACCGAAGCAAGCGCCACAAAAUUGUUAUAGUAGCCAUCAUUGCUUCUGUGGUCUUCUUCCUUCUCUUGUUUAUAUUCAUUGGAGCAUUCCGCAAGAGAGAAAAAGAUACAGUACCUGUUGAUAAUAAUCACAUCAAAGAAGGUGCAUUCUGUAUAUUGAAUUUUGUUGGAAGAGACGUAUACAAGGACAUCAUCGAAGCCACCGAAGAUUUCGAUGCCAAGUACUGUAUCGGAAGCGGUGCAUACGGCAGUGUCUACAGAGCAGAGUUAGCAAGUGGGGAACUGCUAGCAGUGAAGAAGAUUCACCUACCAGACACUGAAGGUACAUGCGACGAGCAAAUCUUUCAAACUGACAUACAAACUCUGACUCAAAUUCGACAUCGCAAUAUCGUCAAGCUUUACGGGUUCUGCUCCUCUCCCCGACGCAAAUUUCUGGUGUACGAGUACAUGGAGAGAGGAAGUCUGGGAUCUGUCCUCCGAAGCGAGACGGCAGCUGAAUUGGACCGGGUGAAGAGGGUGAGCAUCGUGAAGGAUGUCGCCUGUGCUUUAUCCUACAUGCAUCAUGACUGCACACCGCCUAUCGUUCAUCGGGAUAUUACCAGCAACAACAUACUACUUGAUUCCGAAUUCAAGGCUUGUGUUUCCGACUUUGGAAUUGCUCGACUACUGAAGCCGGAUUCAUCAAAUUGGACCAUGCUUGCAGGCACACGGGGUUACUUAGUGUUAGUUUGGCAAGUCCCAUAGUCCCACAUCGGGAAAAUUAGACUUGUUGUCUCGUCUUGGAACUAUAAAUAAGGGCCUGAGCUUUGAAGUUAGACACACCACGAGAAGGACCACAGACACCACAAGAAGUACAGCAGGCAUCACAAGAAAACCUGCUUAUGGUUUGAAGUCUUCUUGUUUAGGAAGCUGAAGGUGUUUUAUGGCCUAGGAACAUUUCCUAAGGCAUUUGUAAGUGUCCCUCUUUUAUAGUAGUAAUUUGCUCCUCUUUCUUCCGUGGAUGUAGGUCAAAGUCAAUUGACCGAACCACGUAUAUCUGGUGUUCUGGUGUUUUGUUUGUUCUUGUCGCUUUAUUCUUUCCGCUUUAUUAUCUUGUUGUGUUGCCAAAAUUAUCCUUUGGUAAAUAUCCUGGGGCUAGCUCUAACAAACUGGUAUCAGAGCCUGGUUCUGGGAUCUUUUGGCAACAAUGACAAUAUCAAAGAUCGUUGUCGAGAAAUUCGAUAGAAAUGUCAACUUCGGCAUGUGGCAACUCAAGAUGGAGGCCAUUCUGGUUCAAGACGGAGUUGAUUUGGCACUUCAGGGUGCUGAGAACAUUCCAGAUGGUACGUCAAAAGAAGAUCUUGCGGGUAUGGAUAAGAAGGCCCGAUCCAGCAUCAUUCUAAAUCUCUCUGAUGAGGUUUUACGGGAGGUAGCUACGGAGACUACGGCUAAGAGCAUGUGGGACAAACUUAAAGCCUUGUACAUGAAGAGGACAGUGGAGAAUCGUCUCUACUUGAAGCAGAGACUGUAUAUGCUUCGGAUGGUUGAAGGUACAUCUAUACUCUCGCAUCUUGAUAAGUUUGAUUCUUUGGUUAUGGAUUUGGAGAAUAUAGAUGCAAAAAUUGAUGAUGAGGAUAAGGCUUUGUUGCUCUUGUGUUCUCUUCCCCAAUCUUUUAAGCAUUUCCGUGAUACUUUGAUUUAUGGAAAAGAAACAGUUUCGUAUCAGGAAAUUAAAUCUGCACUAAAAUCUAAGGAGCAAAUAGACAGAGAUAUCACUGGGGAAAGUAAAGGAAA